GCAGGCGGACCUCCACAGAGGCCGCCCCAGCAACAGCAGUUUUACGGCCCCCAGAUGCAAGGGUCCAAUCAGAUGCAGCAAUCCUAUUUCCAAUAUUCUCAAUGUAGCGGCAAGAAGAAAGCCUUGUGUAUUGGAAUCAAUUACAUUGGCCAGAAGGAAGAAUUGCGUGGUUGCAUUAAUGAUGCAAACAAUAUGAAGCGUUUCUUGGGUACUCAGUUUGGGUAUAAGGAGGAGGACAUGGUCAUACUCACUGACGAUGCGAGGGACCCACGCCAAGUUCCUACUCAGCAAAAUAUUCUGCGCGCAAUGGAAUGGCUCGUUCGCGAUGCCCGUCCCAAUGACUCGCUGUUCUUCCAUUAUUCCGGGCACGGAGGGCAGACGGAGGACCUCGAUGGCGAUGAAGAAGAUGGAUAUGAUGAAGUCAUCUACCCGGUUGAUUUCAAAGUGAAGGGUCACAUUGUUGAUGAUUUGAUGCACGACAUCAUGGUGAAGCGGCUUCCUGCGGGUUGUCGUCUCACCGCUAUCUUUGAUUCUUGCCACUCUGGAUCAGCUCUGGGUAUGGAUGGAUUUUAUUCGACGGAAGGCAAGAUUAAAGAGCCAAACCUUGCUGCGGAAGCCGGCCAAAGCUUCAUGUCCGCCGCGACUUCAUACGCUCGCGGCGAUAUGGGCGGCGUGUUCAGCUCCGUUACGGGAUUUAUCAAGACUGCCAGCCAUGGACGUAAAGCCGAGGUCAUCUCCAAGACUACGAAGACGAGUCCUGCCGACUGCAUUUCUUGGAGUGGUUGCAAGGAUUCACAGACCAGCGCGGAUACAGAAGAAGCCGGAAAAGCUACAGGUGCUAUGAGCUAUGUACCUCCUCAUUUGACAUUUUCUUUAGGAGAAAACCCGCAGCAAAGUUACCAGCAGCUUCUUAAUUCCAUCCGUGAUAAUUUAAGGGCAAAGUACAGUCAGAAACCACAGCUGUCUAGUUCUCACCCGAUGGACACAAACCUACUUUUCAUAGCCUGAAUGAUGUCUGUAUCAUGUAUAUUGUAUCAUGUACAUAUGUAGUAUGCUUCAUUACAAGAUGAUCCCUCAAGUUGCAUAUUACGUGUGACGAGAGAUGAAGAUA